AUGUCAUCAUCAACCGAAGAAACUCCUCUAAUUGAAAUCUCAAAUGAUAAUCCUCUUGAACGACCACAGUCACCGUUAUGGCGAUUAUUUCAUGGAAUACAUUACAUGAUUGGUGGUCUUACUUUUAUUACUGGAUCAUGUAUGUAUUUUCCUAGUGUUUAUAAUAAAUACUCAUCUGCAUUCAUUAUUGGUGGAUGGCUUUUUACAAUUGGUUCAUUCUUCUUUUUACUUGCUGAUUUACAAGAAUGGUGGUAUUAUCGAGUUGGUUGUUUUUGUGAUCGUAAAUAUCAAUUAGCAUUAGAAAGUCAUGAUGCUAUUCUAUUUCGUAAUCCACGAAAUACAUUUAUUGGUCGAUAUGAACGAGCAGAAGUAGGAAUAAAUUUUUUUAUGUCUGCUUGUGGUUCUGCAUUUUAUCUAGCUGGAUCUAUAUUAUUUAUUCCAGUGUUCAGCAAAGAAUUAAUUUUAGGUGAAUGGUUUUUUAUUAUUGGCUCAGCAUUCAUUUAUUCAUCUCAAGCUUGGAAAGUAUAUCGUUCAGCUUGUACAAAUAUUCAUGAUAGACAUGAUCGUCGAUUUCGUUUAUCAAAUUUAUUAAAUGAUAUUCCAGCAUUAGGUGUCGAUGGUUUUGCUGGUAUUGGUGGUGUUUUUUAUUUUAUUGGUACCAUCUUAUUUCUUCCACCUUUCAACAAGACUUAUUCGGAUGCUGUUCGUGUUGCAAUUCUAUUUGUAUGUGGUGGUACAAGUUUUACAUUAUCUGGCUUGUUUCUUCAGUAUCGUCAUCAUUUUACUCAUCAUGAUUAA